ACGCCGCUGCUGGUCACGUACUCACAUCUCUGCAUCCACAAGUACCUCGCCCGUGCGUCACCUUCUUGCACUAGGUAGGUUUUUUUCAACAUUCAAACAAAUCCCUCUUGUAAUCUUGCCAUCAAUUCGUGCUUAACCGCAUGCGCGCGUGCAAGAUUUUGACGUCCAUAAAUGAUUGGCCCGUACUUGCAUUUGGUAUAUGUUUCUUGCUUGUUCCUGAUCAAGAUGUGUUUUACGAUGCUUGCCAGCAGGACGAAUGGAGUUCCUGCCGGCGGGCUUCCGGUUCUUCCCCACGGACGAGGAGCUCAUCACCUACUACCUCGCUCCGAAGGCCAUGGACGACAGCUUCACCUCGCCGGCCAUCCGCGAUGUCGACCUCUACAAGUCCGAGCCAUGGGACCUGCCAUCCGACCUGCAAGAGGGCUAUUUCUUCUGCAGGAGGGGCAGCAAGUACCCGUCCGGCGUGCGCGCCCGCCGCGCGACGCGGCUGGGGUACUGGAAGUCGACGGGGAAGGACAAGGCCGUGCACGGCAGGGACGAUGGCGGCCGCCUCGUCGGGACGAGGAAGACGCUGGUGUUCUACCGCGGCAGGGCGCCGAGAGGGGAGAAGACCGGCUGGGUCAUGCACGAGUACGCCAUGGGCGACAAGAGCAGCAGCGCCCUCCUCAGAGGAGCACAGAGUGAGUGGGUCAUAUGCAAGGUGUUCAUGAGGAAGCAGCAUUCGUCGAGCGGCGAAAGGAAGGUGACAACUGAGGAGACGGUUCAUGACCAGGCCUCCAUCACUCCAGGCCAUGUCCUUCUUCCAAUGCUACCGGACGGUUGCGAUGGUGAGCAGGAGGCGGCGCCACCACCGGUAGUCACUGACUCACGGUCACGGCACACGGUCAGCGACUCGGGUGCACAGGCCAUGGACGGUAACGAGAAGGAUCCACAUCAUCAUCGACCGUCGUGGUUCAACCAUGAUGACCAGCUUGGAGCGCAUUGCUCCACGUUGUCAGUCAUGCAGAAGCAGUCCGAUGACGAUGCAGAUUAUUAUCUGCCGGAGCUGCUGGAGUACGACGACUAUGACGACUUAUCGAACCCUGGGUUGGGGUUGCUGGACUCCGGCGGUGAGGCGAGCCAAAGUUCUGAGAUCAUCUCCGCCGCCAUUGGCCCCCUUUACCUCGAUGGUCUCUACUGGAACUUUUGUUUCUGA